GUUGCUAAUUCUUUUAUGUCAUAGGAUGGCUGCUUUUAGGGACAAAUCGAUAGACAAAUGGCAGAGAAAAACCCAGGUGACCUCUGGUGCUGCCGCAAUCAAAGGGAAAUUGCAAGCAUUUAAUCAGGACAUUAGUCAACAAGUGGCCGGUUAUAUGAGGGAUCCUAGCAAAAUGAUAAAAGGAAUGCAGCAGAGCAGAUCGGCAGUUGCACUAUUUGGAACUGUUUCAGAUGCUUCUGGAAAUGGAGAGGGAAUAAACAUGGAUGGUGAUCCAGAGCUUUUGGAUGACUCUGAAUUCUAUCAGCAAUUGCUGAAGGAGUUUUUUGAGGCAGUCGAUCCCGCAUCAUCUGAGACAGCAUUCUAUGCACUGAAGAGAUUGCAGACGAAGAAACGAAAAAUUGUUGAUCGCCGUGCAUCAAAGAGUCGUAAAAUACGGUACAAUAUUCAUGAAAAGAUUGUCAAUUUCAUGGCUCCUCAGCCUGUAAAUCUUCCACCAAUGGCCCCCAAAUUGUUUGAGAAUUUGUUCACGGGCGGCUCUACCCAUAGGCCAAUAAAUAUCUUGCAUUAGGCCCCAAAAUUGAAGGCUCCUAAAAUUAUUCCAUUUGAUAUAAAAUAUGUAAUUCAAAUGAUUAUUACUCUGUACUUAGUAAAUCGUUUUAACCAGUUGUCAGUUCGUAAUCAAUCAUUAAUCACAUAGUUCUUACUUUAUUCUGUUUUUAGUUAUUUGAUUGAGGUAAUUAUAGAUGAGAGGUGGGUAAUGAAUACUGCGGUCAUUUCUUGCU